AUGGUUUCUAAGCGUUUGAAUAUGGCUCAUCUUGACGUCUUUGAGAUCGUGCAGAUGCUCCUUGACAAAGGCGCCAACGUCAAUGCACCAGAUGGGUGGCAUGGCGACGCUGUGCAGACCGUAGCAACUGGUGGCAACACCAAGAUCAGACAGAUGUUACAAGACCACGGUGCAAAGAUGGCCUAUGGCCAAAUGUGUUAUUAA